AUGAGCAUUGCAAUAGGCAAUAGCUAUUGCAUAUUAUUAUUAUUUAUUAUUUUCAUCGUUUCAGUCUUAUAGUAUUCAAUUCGAACUCACGUUGUUCGCGAAAUGUUCGAAGGUUGAUUGAGCUACAAAGAAUGUCUAGGGCAACAAAACGUAAACAUGUGCAGAAAGAAAUGCUUACUGCUGAUUGGAAUGGUCCAAUAAAUGAUCAACGCAUUGUUCGCAUAGUUGCUGGCCGUGGCAACAAUCUUCAUGAAGUAUUCUCAGUAGAAGACAAUGAAACAUUUCUUGUUUCAAUGCCAGCUAAGUUCAGGCGAAAUGUGUGGGUGAAACGAAAUGAUUAUGUUGUUAUUGAACCAAUAGCUGAAGGAGAUAAGGUACGCGGUGAAAUUGUACACGUGUUGACCAAAGAAGACAUGAAACUAAUGAAACAGAAAGGAUGGAAGAAGGAAGACAAUUAUGAUAUCGAACCAAAUACAAAUCGGCCUGUUGUUACCACAAUCAGCGACUUGAGUUGUACCGAUACAGACACUGAUCAUGAUGAUCCAUCAGAAGAUACAGAUUAUUCAUCAUGAUCAUGAGAAUACAAUUUUAAAAAUAUAUAUAUAUAAUUUUUGUACAUGUAUUGUGCCAAACCAAGACUAUUCUGUUAAUAAAACGGUAUGUGAUUUAUAUAUUAAGCUUCAAUUUGGAAAAUAAAUUUAAGUAAUUGUAAGUGCUACUAUUAUAUAUUGUAUAAUACUAUAAUAUAAUAGUGUUUAAGUAAUUGUAAUGAUUUGUUCAAUAUAAAAUCUAUUGAAUUUUUUUUAUAUGAAUAAAAAUUUUAAUUCAAAUAAAAAUAAAAUGUAUGAUAA